AUGGCCUCCCGAAAGAAACAGAACAAUACCCGCAAACGAGACGGGAUCCACUUUGUCAAUGCAAGGCCAACAUCCGAGACAGAACGACUCAAGGCGCAGAAAUUAGUCCGCGCUCAUGUUGGAAGAUGGAUCUCUGAUCAAACUAAAGACCGUUCAGCGGCGAGUGAACAGUCUUCUAUAUCCGCUCCUCGCUCCUCGAGAACUUCCAUCAGCACCAGCACCAGCACCGACAAUGCUGGUCCCUCGUCGUUUCCUCUUGUAUCGCGUCCGCCUCCGUAUGUCGCGCAGCGGACGCUGACUAUCGGGGCGAGUACUUCGCACCCGCCACAGCGCGAUUGGCAGCCACGAUCAUCUAUUGCAACUUCGCAACUGAACGAUAGCAGUGAAUGCAAUGGUAGUGAUGAUGCGGCCGAGGUCACCAACUUUGGGGAACCCGUGACGGUUAUCCCAUGGAAUGAGGUGACCCGUAUCGAGCCGGUAAUCUCGGGAUUCUUGGAUCCCUUUGGACAACACCCAUCAAAUUUUGCGCCAGAAGUAGUAAAUAUGUGUGAAUCAUAUUGUAUAUCCGUAUUAUGGCCAGGCCUUAUACCCAAAUCAACAAGCCACGAGAAAAAAGCCAGCGAGUUGUGGUUCCCGCUCUCCCUAUCAGACCCAGCCCUCUUCACGGCAUUCAUGUUUGGAUCAUUAUGCCAUCAGCGAGUCCAGUGGUUGAAGGGCUGGGUUCCGGGGUCAACUUUCGGACCCAAGCAGCAGCGCAUUUUGCAGCAGUGUGAGAUGGAAUCCAUCAAGUUGAUCAGCCAGGCUGUGCGGGAUCCGACUCGUGCAGUGAGUGAUGCGGUUCUCCUUAGUGUGAUCUGUAUGGCCCAUCAUCAAGCACUCGAGGAGAGUCCCGAUCAAUAUCGGAAGACGCCGUUCACCCCGCCGUUCCAGCGUUUGCAAUGGCUAGAUGUAUAUGGUCAUCUGCCUCCAAAUAUGAUCCAUAUUCAUGGGCUGGUGCAGCUGUUGAAGUUGCGUGGUGGAUUAAAGAAUAUUAAGCUCCACGGCUUGCGUCCGACAAUCUGCUUCUCCGACAUCAUGACAGCAAGUUGUUUCGGCAUCGCCCCAGGCUUCGAAUUCUGCGCCAUCGACGAAAGCCGAAGCAACCUCUCCAUCCAAGACCUCCUCGGCUUCGGCCCCUACCAAAUCGACCACAGUUUCCGCUGGCUAGAACAACUCGGCCUCACCCCGCAAAUAGUCGAAGCCAUGACCGCCGCAGUAACCUACGUCGACAUAAUGAAAACCUGCAUGAAGUCCAGCCACGACGUCUCACUCCUCUCAGACCAACGCAACCUCACACAAUACACCCUCCUCUCCGUCCCACCAGCGGCAGACCUCCAAUCCACAUCCACAUCCACAUUCUCCCAACCCAUCGAAGAAGCCGCCUACGAAGCAUGUCGUCUAGCAAUGCUGAUUUUCGCCGUCGGCGUCGUCUUCCCCAUUCCGGCAAAUAAUACCCCGUUGCCGGGUUUAGCGCAGAGACUCCAGGCUGUGCUGAAACGGCCGGAGGCUGCUGAGAUGUACACGUCCGUGAAUCACUGUGUGUUGCUGAUUUGGGUCUUGACGCUGGGUGGUAUUGCGGCUUGGGAUAGUCCGGCUGAACGGGCGUUCUUUGGGUCUGCGUUGAUUGAAGUUACGAGGAGGACGGGGUUGACGGCUUGGAAUGAUGUGAAACGGGCUAUGGAUGUUAUGCUUUGGUAUGAUAUUGCUUGUGAUGAGGCGGGGGAAGCUUUCUUUGUGGAGGCUCAGAGUUCUUAUGUUAUUGAGUGA